GCGUGCCCCGCGUUGGCCAGCGAGAAGCUAUUCGGUGACUCACCACCCGCCCUCUCGCGCUCUCCUUCUCCCUUCUCUCGCUCUCGCACUCACACACACCCGGCCCGAGAUGGCGGCGGCGGCGGGGGACUCGGACUCCUGGGACGCGGACACGUUCUCGGUGGAGGAGCCGGUGCGGAAGGCGGGGGGCGCGGCCGGCGGGGACCGCUGGGAGGGCGAGGAUGAGGAUGACGACGUCAAGGAAAACUGGGAUGAUGAUGAUGAAGAAAAAAAAGAGGAGACAGAGGUAAAACCAGAAACAAAAGUUUCAGAAAAGAAGAAAAUAGCAGAAAAAAUCAAAGAGAAAGAACGGCAACAGAAGAAAAGACAAGAAGAAAUUAAGAAAAGGUUGGAAGAGCCUGAAGAAUCUAAAGAGCUUACACCAGAAGAACAAUUAGCAGAUAAACUACGGCUAAAGAAAUUACAGGAAGAGGCGGACCUUGAAUUAGCAAAAGAAACGUUUGGUGUUAAUAACACAAUCUGUGGUAUAGAUGCCAUGAACCCCUCUUCAAGAGAUGACUUCACAGAGUUUGGCAAGUUACUAAAAGAUAAAAUUACACAGUAUGAAAAAUCUCUGUAUUAUGCCAGUUUCUUGGAAGCAUUAGUUCGAGAUGUGUGUAUUUCAUUGGAAAUUGAUGACUUGAAAAAGAUUACCAAUUCAUUGACAGUGCUAUGCAGUGAAAAACAGAAACAAGAAAAGCAAAGCAAAGCCAAGAAGAAGAAGAAAGGUGUGGUUCCUGGAGGAGGGUUAAAGGCUACAAUGAAAGAUGAUCUUGCAGACUACGGUGGCUAUGACGGAGGAUACGUGCAAGACUUUGAAGACUUCAUGUGACAUUUCAUCUUCUCCCCAUUGUCUUCUUCUGUUGCCCACAGUCCCUUCAACAUGUAGCACAACUUCCUUUCCUUUCAGUUCUGCCAAAUGCUACAAUCAAAAGUGCAGUAUCUUUGUGCUGGUUACUUAACCCCUUGACACUUAGGUGCUAAUGCAAUGGGGAACUUGGUUCUUGUUGCCAAGGGGUUAAAAUCGGGAAACUUGGUUGCUACUAAAUCACAGUAAAAGAAAUCCUAAUAAUGUUGUCAUUGUUGCUAUCUGGUUCCAGGGCAGCAGAGUCACUAAAUUGGAAACAAUAGUUGCAACGUGACAAAAAAAUGUAGUAUUUACCAGCACCAUUCAAUAAUACAGCCUUAACCAUACCUCCUUGAACUACUUCAUAUCUUGUCAACAAAAGCAGUUUGCAACAAGGGCAUAUGGGUGUGCACCUAGUAUUAAAAUUGCUUUGUCUUAAGGUAGAGCGUGAGGAUUUUAAAUACAUUGCAGAGAAGACUGCUUAUUUCAGAGUAAGGAUACUGUGCCUCAAAUGGCUACUAGUUUGACAUUUUAAAAAAUUAAAUGACCAAAAACCACCAACCUUGAAGCCGCAGAGGUAAUGUCUCCAUUAUUGCAUUCGACAAAAUCCAACUUGUGGUAUUUCGAGUGUAUAAACAGUCUAGUUUAUAUUUACCGGAAUAUUUCUACUGAUGCAGCUCUUAAAGAGGGGGGAAAUUCUUGACCUGUUUUAUCUGCCUGAUUUUAAAAUGUCUGAGAAACAAAAACUUCUUUUGUUCUCCUAGGCUGAAACAACAACUCUGACAGGGUUUUUGGCAUUUCCUUUCCUUUCCAAACAUGCUUAGCAAACUGCAACAGUUACUACAGUUUGGUAAAUUGUUAUGUUAACAAUUAUGACAUCUGCAAUGUUUUAUAAAGCAACUAAUUUAAUAAAAUCACUAUUGUGAGGACUUCA